AUGUGGCUAGAUCGGCUCUCGGUCGCUGGUCAGACAAGCCCAUCGCCAUCAUCAUCGCAACCUGCGAGCCGACCCUACUCUCCUCUUCCGAGGAGGACAUCCAGCGCAUACAGCCCCUAUGUUACAUCGCAUCGUCCAGGAAAUACUCCCCGCGGAUCGAGCCUGUCCCUAGUCUCCAAUGACUCAUCGGCCUCUCUGUUGGCAUCUUCACGCAAAACGAAUGGCUCCGGCCUGAAACAAUCCCAAACGGCAUACGAUGGUCCCAAUGCGAUUGACAUCUUGAACAGGGUCCUGGGUGCUACAGAAGCCGAUGGGUCAUCCAAGACCGCGGCCUCAUCGACGAGCAUCUCUCUCGACGACCUCGAUUUUGAACCUGACUUUGCAGGCUUGUCGUUGCGCGACUUGGCUGUCGCCAAUGUUGAUGAAGCUAGACUUGGUCGCGGCGGGCCGCCACGCCGCCAGACGGUCGAAGAGUAUGAGAAGGAGAAGGCGAAAUACGAAGAUCUGCACCGCUCCAUAGCAGCUUGCGAUGGCGUGCUAGACUCGGUGGAAUCCAACCUCACGAACUUCCGAAACGACCUUGCCACCGUCGCUGCUGAUAUCGAAUCUUUGCAAUCACGAUCGUCAACCCUCACCGUUCGGUUGGAGAACCGGAAGGCGGUAGAAAAGGCACUAGGGCCCGUCGUCGAGGAACUGAGUGUCUCGCCAGUCGUCGUGUCCAAGAUCUCCGAGGGCCAUAUUGACGAGACAUGGAUCAAGAUGUUGGCCGAACUUGACAAGAGAGCAACGUCUUACAAGAACAAUGCGUCAAGCCCGCGGCAAAGCAAAGCGUGGGCAGAUAUGGGGCCGUUGUUGGAGAACCUCAUUCUCAAGGCUGUCGAGAGAAUCCGAGAUUUCAUCGUCGCCCAGAUCAAGGCUCUAAGGUCGCCUCACAUCAACGCACAGAUAAUCCAACAACAGAACUUCAUCAAGUUUAAGGAGCUCUAUGCCUUCUUGUAUCGACACCAUGCUAAGCUGGCCGAGGAGAUUUGCCAGGCUUACAUGAACACUAUGAGGUGGUACUACCUCAACCACUUCACACACUACCAAAAAGCCUUGGAAAAGUUGAAGUUGCAUGUACUAGACAAGGCCGACGUGUUGGGACAGGAGACUCCGACACGUCAAGCCUCAGUCCUGUCAGGGUCCAAGCCAAGCGGCCCACCACAUGACGCCUUCAAUCUGGGCCGUCGGAUCGACCUUUUGACGACAAGCAAUCAGACGGCCGUCUCUUCUUACCUUGCUGAAGAGGACGCCGCUACACACUAUCUCGAAAUACCGUUCCGGAAUUUCAACCUAGCGCUCAUCGACAAUGCCACGGCUGAGUAUAGCUUCUUGGCAACCUUUUUCUACCCAGCAUUGUCCAUGGCCACCGUGUCCAAGCACUUCAAAUACAUAUUCGACCCGACGUUCGCCCUCGGCCAGGCAUACUCUCGAACCCUCGCAGGCGAGACGUUCGACGCGCUGGGCCUCCUCCUCAGCAUUCGAAUCAACCAGCAUCUUGCGUUCCAGCUACAACGCCGCAAAGUGCCCACAGUGGACGGCUACAUUAACGGCACCAACAUGCUCCUCUGGCCCCGUCUGCAAGUCGUUAUGGACCACCACUGCGAAUCGGUCCGCCAUCUGACAGGCUCCCUCCCCGCCCGAGCCGCCCGUGCUAGCGAGCAAGCCAAGCUUUCGGCAGCCCCUCAUCUUAUCACGCAGCGUUUUGGCCAGCUUCUUCACGGCAUUCUUUCCCUCAGUACCGAGGCUGGAGACGAUGAGCCUGUCGUCUCGAGCCUCAACCGGCUGCGCUCAGAGCUGGAGGCAUUCCUGACCAAGCACAGCCAGGCAUUCGGCACUGACAAGCGCAAGCGCGAGAGGUUCCUGUACAAUAACUACUCGCUGGUUCUGACCAUCAUCAGCGACGUCAGCGGCAAGCUAGCGGUGGAGCAACAGGAGCACUUUGAAGGUUUGAAGGCUGCGUUCCAGGAGGGCGCGUAA